AGCCGUUUCAACUUUCAGAUGUGAUCAAGGGAAAGAUGUCUCGGCUGCUUGAAUAACUCACCAGGACUUAUGACAGAGUACACAGCACACACAUACAGGACAGAGAGAGUGGGAACAAAUUGCAUUGGGAGGUUCCUGUCCUGGUGUAACUGUCAGAGCAUAAUGGUGGCAUUUAAAGGGAUCUGGACCAAGGACUUCUGGAGGGCUGUGUCUGGAGAAUACCUGGCCACUCUCAUCUUUGUCCUUCUCGGUCUGGGCUCCACCAUUAAUUGGGCUGCAGGGGAGGAGAAGCCUCCCCCGGCUGACCUAGUCCUUAUCUCCCUGUGCUUUGGCCUGAGCAUCGCCACUAUGGUGCAAUGUUUUGGUCAUAUAAGUGGCGGACACAUUAACCCUGCGGUCACAGCAGCGAUGGUUGUUACUAGAAAGCUGAGCCUGGCCAAGGCGUUAUUCUAUGUGCUGGCUCAGUGCCUCGGGGGUGUCACAGGAGCUGCGAUCCUCUACCUAGUCACACCUGCUGCUGUCAGAGGGUCCUUCGGUGUGACCUCGGUGAACCCCAACAUCUCAUUGGGACACGCUCUUCUUGUGGAGCUCCUAAUCACAUUCGAACUGGUCUUCACUGUGUUCGCCACCUGUGACCCUAAACGCUCUGACCUCGGAGGCUCUGCUAGCCUUUCCAUUGGCUUUGCUGUAGCUAUCGGUCACUUAUUUGCAAUCCCUUUGACAGGAGCCAGCAUGAACCCUGCUCGAUCUUUCGCGCCUGCACUGGUCACUCUUAACUUUGAGAACCACUGGGUGUACUGGGUGGGACCCAUACUGGGUGCCAUACUUGCUGCUGGCCUGUAUGAGUACCUGUACUGCCCUGACCCUGAGACGAAGAAGAGGCUGAAGCAGGUCUUCCAGAAGGACCCGUCAGGAAUAUACAGGGAGGUGGAGACAGAGGACAUUGCCAUCAAGCCGGAAUCUAUCCACACUAUUGAUCUGGAGAAAUCUGAGAAAAAGGAUCCUUUCCUGAACUCAACGGGAGAAGUGCUGUCUUCAGUAUGACUAUCACGUGCACUGGAAAUGGAGACCAAUCUUUAGAGCACAAUGACAAUCAAACUUUGGAGGAUCCAUCUUGAGCUUGUCCCCCUACAAAGCAGAAAAUAAUUUCUGUCAAUGAGGCCUUACAGCAAGUCUAAAUGAUUCUCAUUGUCAUAAAACGAAUAUGAUGUUAUGGCUCAAUCCCACAAACAUCUAAAAACUGUUCAAUACUCCUCCUGAAGCCCUCCUUUAAUGAUUUUUUUUGUAGCUGUGUUGGCAUGUGGCGAACAUUGAACGCUGCAGAAAGACGGUCCGCAAUACAUUGUGGAAGACAAAUAUGUGUGAGGUCAACCAAUUAUGUGGGGUCAUCACGCUGAAUUGGAGAUGUGAAGAAGAAAAUGCAGGCUUGUUAUUUUUGAAUUAGUGUCACAUUUGUUCCAUGUACUUUAUAUUUAAUAACAGGAGAGCAUUUUCUUCUAAUCAUUAAGCACAUUACAGGUCCUAAGCAACCAGGGUUUUUUAUUACAUUGCUCUCUAUUUUCAGUGCAUUAGUCAGGGAAAAAAGUAGUGCAUGGACAUAGAAACACUUUUUGAUGUUUAUUAUGAUUAUUGAUAAAUGAUCAUUUUAUUUUUUCAAUAUCGUAAGAAAUGUGAUUGUUAGCUGUUGUUAUUGUAUAGACCUAGAUUAUCUUCCUUUAGCACAUUUCACAUUUCAUAUUUCACUUUAUUUCAAACACAAGUUUUAACUUGUUAUUGAGAUGUUUGUCUGAUGUCUUUAUGAUUUUGCAUUUAGCUAGGUUCUUGUUUUAAGCUCACACACUUGAAUUGCUAGAAUACGUAAAAUAUCUUAACUAGUAUUAAUAAAGUUCCUUUUGUUUAUCUCCUCAUCAUAUCAUUUGAUCACUUUUGGGGUUAUGUAAACAGGAUAGUUGUAGAAAUACAUCUUCCUUACAAUCAAAAAUAAAUCUAGUGGCCAUCCCCAAAAGGCUUUUCACCUGAGCUACUUGUUGCUGAUCGUAGGAGCUGGGCACUGGGGAGCGGAAAUGUUCAGAUCAAUGAUGGAUUGGCUCAUCUACCUUAGAUGAUGUCUCCCUAUGGCCAGAUAAAUGUCCAGGAUGUGUGAUCCUUGUGAGUUAAGUCUCUGAGAAUAGCUUCAUGUAAUCUCAUUCCAUCAGCAGAUAGCACAGGAAAUGAUACCACUUUGUGAUCUGAAAUAGAAGCAAUCUGUUUUGUCUGAGGUUUAUUUCCUUUUCUGAAAGAACAGGUGCAAUUCAAUUUAUUUUUCUGUAAUGUAGAGGAAAUGAUCAGCUUCACUGACCCUACUGCAUCAACUGGUGUUGUCUACAUGCUGCAACUAUAUUGGGUUUUCGAGGCCACAACGCCAGUACAUUUCAGAUACUGAAUCAAAAUGGUUUUUCCUCCUACAUUGACUCACUUCCCCUAUUUCACCUUUCUCCCUAUGUAAGUGCAGUCUUUUUGUGUGACAACAGCAUCACCUACUGGCCACAGUGUGAACCACCUGCUCUGGAAUAAUGUUCCUAUUUGUAUUUCUCCAGGGGAGGGCACCCAAGAGCCUUGGAUGUACAGGUCUCACUGCAACCAUGGGAAGACAUAAAUCAGUUGUAUUCUUAAGUCUUAAGCCACAUUUCAUUUGAAAUUGUCAACGUUUUUUUAUUCAGAACUACACAGAAAUUAUACGUAUAUAACAUUACAUGUUAGACGCUUUUAUCCAAAGCCA